CAUCACUACUGCUAUUCAAGCUACUUAGCAUAAUAUAAUAAUAAUAAUAGUUUGGAUUUGAUGUAUGAUGACCUCUGAGGGUUUGAAGAUUGGGUUCCACCGGGUAAUAUCUUUGAUGAAAUGAUGAAUGAAGAUGAAAAUGUUUAAAAAACCAUGACAUGUUGGGAAAAAACAUAAUAGAGAACUGGUGUAUCCUUUUGUAUGUGAACUAAGAGGUAAACAUCAUUCUCUAACUGCAGAUCAUAGUUUUGAAUUUUGACACUAUUUAUUAAGGGAUUACAUUAAUGAAGUGGCAAUUGUGAUGAACACAAUGCUCGAUGUGACAAGAGGGCAUGAAAUAAUGUGUGCCCUGGAAAAUAUGUUCAAGCUUGAUACUUAAAUCAGUCACACCUGAGAUUAGUUGUAAAUUUGUAAAUAAAUGUAAAUUGUAGUCACUACAUCAAUAGUGGAAGCAAGAAAUUUAUAGCUUUUGGUUUGAUAGCAAAAUUGAUCUGCCCACAUGCAGCUGAGUGUCAUGGGUGUUGGCAGUUCCUGGCACUAUUAUUGGAUUACAUGUGUUUCCUCAGACUAAUGAGAUUAAAUAGGAAUAAAUUAACAAAUAAAAGACAGAAGGACAUUGGUCAUAAAAUCUGACCAGCCCUCUUCCAGUACAAGGAAGUGAUAUCACUCCUACAAACAUUUCUAGAUAGCACAGAGAGGACAGAGAUGCUCAUUAACUGUGUAGACCUCUCACAGACAUGAUGCUUGCAAGUUUCUUUCUGCUCCUCCUCACAGUAGAUGGGGCGUCCUCUGAGGAUAACUGCAGUUAUCAGCAUCUUUUUAAGCACCUGAGUCUGUCCAGUGAAAAAGAUCUGUACACCAUGUCCCGGCCUGUUAAACACUACAAUACAACUUUGACAGUAACACUGGAAGUGCUAAUCUAUGCCAUCCUAGAUGUGAAAGAGACUGACCAGACCUUCAUUCCUUACGUUUGGAUUUUUACGAGCUGGAAGAAUGAACACAUUACAUGGAAUUCAAGUGACUUUUGUGGACUUGAUCGUAUAACAGUUCCUGCUGACAUUUUGUGGAAGCCAGAUCUCACUAUUGAAGAGAUGACAGAAAAGGACAAGACCCCUCCAAGUCCUUAUCUCACUAUUGAAUCUAAUGGUAUCGUUGAAUGUAGGAGCCAUGAGGUGUUAGUAAGCACCUGCAGGAUGCAAGUUCACAAAUUCCCCUUCGACAUUCAGACCUGUAACCUCUCGUUCAAGUCUGUCGUUCACAAUGUUGAGGAAUUGGAUCUUCAGACUCAACUCGGUGCUUCAACGGCCACAGCGUGGUCUCAUGGCUUGAUGCAGACCCAGCACGAGUGGCUGUUAAUCAACCAGAUAGUCACCAAUACAACAGUCAACAGAUUUGCCUUCGAGCAAAGCAUGAUUGUUUACACUAUCAAAAUGAAGAGGCGAUCAAUCCUCUACAUUGUCAACUUCUUGCUGCCCAUCCUGUUCUUCUUGUGUCUGGACUUGGCCUCCUUCCUGAUCUCAGACAGCGGGGGCGAGAAGCUGAGCUUCAAGGUCACUGUGCUGCUCGCUGUCACUGUGAUGCAGCUUAUUCUCAAUGAAAUUCUGCCUUCCUCAUCAGACAAGCCUCCACUUAUAGCGGUCUACUGCAUGGGGGUUUUUGGUUUGAUGCUGCUCAGCCUCCUGGAGACCAUUGUUGUGAUGUAUCUGAUGGAGAAAGACUCUGAAUCCCGAGACAACAAGGCAGACAGAGACCAAAGCCUGACUGAGGACUGUGGGGACAAACAUGGCAAAGAGGAGAGGAAAUGGACUUGUGCAUGCAUCUCUGAUGUAUCUGCUGAUGAAACUCCAUCUGAACUGCUGAAGGUAAGCAGCAGCCAACUGACAGAGGAGUCCCAUGCCUCUGAAAAGCUCUCAGAUGAUCUGAGGGAGGUGGUGAAAACACUGGCUCUGCUCCUCAACAGCAGCAAGGAAGAAGUAGAGCCCGGCUACUGGACCAGAAUGGCUAAAACAAUCAACAGAGUUUUCUUCAUUUUCUACAUCAUAGCUGCCAGUCUGUUUUUAGUCACUAUGUUUUUCAAAUGGAAUACUACAAAUUAAGAAAUACCAAGCGCUAAAUAAUGAAACACAUGAUUGAGUUAUAGUCCUCUUUAUUACAACUAGUAAGGCUUACCGUCAUGUGACUUCAAUUACUGAGAUACGAAAUUACAACCUAGAAAACAUUUCCCUGUAUGCAUGCUUUUCACAUGGACACAAACCUACUAUGUUUGUGUUCACCCCUGUUGUUCAGCUUCAUUAGUCUGUAGAAAACAAAAAAGAUCUCUUGUUGGUCUUUGCAGGCCAUUUAGGGGUCACACUGGCUUGUUAUGUGAGGCUUCAGCCGUCCAAAUUAGUCAAAUCAAGUGGGUAUAUUCCUAAAUUAACGUGCGUUAAUAAAAAAUACCCUUUUUUGUUUCCCUGUUGAGCUGAAGAGAAGGGAUAAUUACAAAAAAAAGGAAAAUUGUACUAAAAAGACUAACUUUUGAAGAUAACCACUUGAUUCGACCAAUUUGAACAGCUGAAGCCUCAAGCUUUAGAUAAACUUUUCAAUACAUUUUGGCACAGAAGGAAGAUUUUGUACCCUAUAAUUUAAAUUGAAAGCACAUUAGGAAGGGAUCUUUUAAUGGACAGGAAUGAUUACAGUGAGAAAACCUGUUUCAACUACCAUAUGUGGACCAAACUAUUGUUUUAAAAAGGGACAUAACAUGCUCUCUGAGAUUUUCUGUCAUUUAUAUACUGCUAUAAUAUCGGAUGUCUAUGUUAAACAAAGAUCAAAGAUCCAUAACAUAAGGUGAACAUAUGUAAAAUACUUCCUGAAAGUCAAAAACCAGGGCUUCAGUCUACUCUGAAUGCUUUGUUUGCCAUGUUACCUCUAUUUCCCCAUUGAACUGAUGUCAGAUUGUUUGCCCACAAACAGCCAUAGUCUUUGUUGCUAAGGAUGUUCCAUGGUAUUGUUCACAUUGUCCAUUCACAUAUUUCGGAUUGGAUUUUGUCUCAAACAUGUGCAGAUGUAUUUGAAAGGAUUCCAUUCUGGGUAAAGAAGGAGAAAAAGAAAUGAAAUCCUACUGGUAUUGUUUGUUUAUGUAGCAUCCCGAGUGGCUGGAAGUUGGCCGUGAUGCUUCUUCCACGAGCUGGCCAAUCAGAAUGGAGUGGGCUCAUGUGCCUUAAAGAGACAGGAACUAAAACAGCCUGUUUCAGACAGAGGCUGAACUGAGGGGCUCUAUAAAGGGACAGUAUAACUUAAAUAUGGAGGCGUUUUUGAACUGUAAAUAAUCCAAAAAUAUUACAGCAGAGCCCCAGAACAUAAAUAUAGACCGAUAAAUGUGCAUGAUAUGUCCCCAUUAAGAUCUCACAUCUCUAUAUAAACUGUAUGUAGUCCUUCAGUAGUGUUGUUUACAUGUACUCAGUAUCAGCCUGUGACACUAGUCUCGUUGUAUUAUGAAGUUUAAUUGAAUUUAUUAUGUCUUUGAUAUGUAAUAUGUAUCAAAAAUGUAUCAAAAAAGGAAGCAAGUAAGUGUUAACAAACAGGUAGCAGUAUAACAUGAGUAACACUGUUUCAUUGUUUUUGUUUGCUUAUCCAUUUAACAAAGCAUGAGGCAGCAUAGGCCACAGGAUCACUUUCAGAAGACAUGUAAAUGUGUAUCUAUAUGGGUUGAGUAAUUUCAUGUUCUCUUCUGUGGUGUUCUUCCAAAUCUACAUUUGCAUUUGUAUUUAAUUAAAUUAUAUUAUUAAUAUGAUGAAAUAACAGUUCUG